AUGCCAAACCUUUGGCAACGACUAACGCGCAAGAGCACAAGCGGGUCCACUGUGAAUGUUCUGGGCUGCAAUGUGGUCAGCGCUGCCAGAACACAAGGGACGCUGGCGCUGUCCUCUGGUGAAGCUGAGUUGUGUGCGAUUGGUCAGGGAGUGUCUGAAGCACUGUUUGUCCGAUCAAUGCUGUUGGAAUCAAAUCUGGCGAAGAAGGAGAUCGCUGCCGAGCAACUGGUGAUUGAUGUUGCCGCUCUGAGUGAUCUCACUGAAGAUGAUGUCCGGCAGACUGGAGUGCAGAGCAACCUGGUUGCACUGCACCUUUGUGGGAAUGUCCCGGGGCAUCGCCAGGAUUUGCAGCGACUGGCGCAGGGACUGACCGUUGUCCGACCGACUGCGGACCCACUAGCGGAGAAUGCUUCUGCAACUGGACCUGCGGCGAUUGAUGCCGCCCUUGGCAUCAAUGUCAGGCUCAGCAGGAAUGGUCCCAUGAGUGUGGAAGUGUCUGCCGCUCUGACUGCGAUGGACUGUGGAAUCGAGCUCACCCGAGUGUGGAAUCGCUACAUCACCACCAUCGUGGAGAAUGGCCGCGAGAGAGUGGUUGAGAGGGCGAAUGAUAUCGCCGAUCGAACGCUGCGAGCCCAGGUGAAUCUGGGUGAGACUCUCUUCUAG